UGGCUUGCAGCGUCCAAAGCUGAGCGAAGCGCGGCGCGCCGCCUGCCCCGUCCUCCUUCCCGUGGCCCUGACGGAAACCGUGGCUCGGCCGCGGCUGCGCUGCGAGUUACAGAAUGUCCGAAGGGGACAGUGUUGGCGAUUCCGUCCAUGGGAAGCCUUCUGUGGUGUACAGGUUUUUCACAAGACUUGGACAGAUCUACCAGUCCUGGCUGGACAAGUCUACCCCUUAUACAGCGGUGCGAUGGGUCGUGACGCUGGGCCUGAGCUUCGUCUACAUGAUCAGAGUUUACCUGUUGCAGGGCUGGUACAUCGUAACCUAUGCCUUGGGAAUCUACCACCUAAACCUUUUCAUAGCUUUUCUGUCUCCAAAAGUGGACCCCUCCCUAAUGGAAGAUUCAGAUGAUGGCCCUUCCUUGCCGACCAAGCAGAAUGAGGAGUUCCGGCCCUUCAUCCGGAGGCUGCCAGAGUUCAAAUUUUGGCACGCAGCCACCAAGGGCAUCCUGGUCGCCAUGGUGUGCACGUUCUUCGAGGCGUUCAACGUGCCGGUGUUCUGGCCCAUCCUGGUGAUGUACUUCAUCAUGCUCUUCUGCAUCACCAUGAAGAGGCAGAUCAAGCACAUGAUCAAGUACCGGUACAUCCCGUUCACCCAUGGCAAGAGGAAAUACAAGGGGAAGGAGGACGUGGGCAAGACAUUUGCUAGUUAGAAGGCGGACUGACUCCAUAACCCAUCUCUCAAGAAUGGUUUUGAGCCAUUGUAACAAUGCCUUUUUUCUUCACAUAAAGUAGUUGAUUAUGAGGAAGUCGAAUUUUCUUUCUAAAAAGGAGCUUCAAUUAUUUGUAUCAGAUCGAUCAGGUUCUGGAAGAAACUGGCAUUUAAACCAAACUGCAUCGAUGUAUCUUUCAGUGACGUUCAAGUAUUCUGAAGCGGCUUGAGCCCUACGAAGCCCGGGGCAAGGGACCAUGGGGAGGGGGGGUGGCGGCAGCCUCAUUGAAGUUCUGGUCACCCUGCAAGGCUGGGAGCUGGGGGACGGCGCAGCCAGCGUGAAGGACCCUCGCUCUCCAGGACACCUGCAGGCAGGGUCUGCACACCCCGGGCCACGUCAGACCCUGCAAGAGGGUGACCUCGCCUGAUGUCGCUUGUCUGGAGGAGCCUCGCCAGUUACAGAGGACUCCCAGUCUCUGGGUUUCCUGCCAGCUUCCAGCCCCACCUCACCCCUGUGUCCCACCGGCCUCCGAUGUGAUGACUCAGCCUGUUCUGAUCUGGAGGGCUUCAGAGCGACACAGAGAGAUUCUAUAUUUUAAUCGUUUGAGAUUAUUUUGACAUACUUCUUUAAUAUGUAAAGUUGUUUUUUUGGAUUAAUUUAAAUUUGUUUUCCCCACAACAGCAGCCCCUUUAAGGAACCGACAAGACCGGGAAAGUCACGUGGGUUCUGUGGGUUUUCUACAGGGGUGGGAGCCAGAACUCGGACCUGCAUGUCAACUUUUUCAUGUGAUAAAAAAAGCAAACAAGCGCUUAAAACCUUUUACUAAGUGACUUUUUAAUCCAACUUUAUUAAAGCCAGUGUCCCCUUU